AUGGCCGCCGAAAAAGUUGGACUUACUAAAACAUGGGCACUCUUUUCUGCACAAGAGAAACGAAACAUCUUAAUCUACAUUUUUGGCAUCAUGCUUUAUAAAUUUGGACUGGAAGCAUUCAACGGAGCUAUCAUCACUCUCGCUACGAAUCGUUAUGAUCAGGAUGCUUACAAUAGCGGAACACCGUCACGUACCUUUGAAAGAGUCGGAUUACUUUCUGGUCUUAAUCAAGCGUUUCAAUGUGUUGGUUCAAUUCUUAUUGCUCCUCUUAUUAAACGUUGGCCAACGCGAACCGUUCUAUCAGCUUCAAUUUUUGUUUUUGCAAUAUUCACUGCAGUUCUUAUGAUUGUCGAUGCUGCUACAGGUGGAUCUAUAAAGCCAACGAAUUUUAAACCCAUGCAUAAGGACGAUUUUAGUUAUUAUGGUAAGUAUAAAACUGAUGGGAUUAUACCGAUUUAUUGCAUCACUGGUAUUGCCUACGGAAUGGUCGAAUUGAUUCGACGCGUGAUUCCAAGGGAUAUCGUCGGUGGUGAUGUUCAAAAGUUGCAAAGAAUGGAUGCUUUGGUUCAUAUAUUUUAUGAAGUUUCGGGUACCACUGGUGCGUUUGCUACCGCUCUUGGUUUGAUUCCUCGUUUCGGAAACAACUAUGCCUUCAUCAUUACGCCUAUCUUCUUUACUGCAUCUGGAAUCAUUUGGCUGUUUGUCAGUUCCUUCGGAUUCAACAAGAAUAAUCAAGCAGAUAAAAUCGAUCCAGACGAGGAUAAAUCGAAAACGAAUUAUUGGAAAUCUGUUAUUAACAGAUUCCUUCUCUUUGGACAAUCCGUUUAUGUUGGCGCAAAAAUCGUAUUCACUAAUCGAAAAUUUGUUUGGUUGUGGAGCGGCUAUUCGUUGGCGCUUUAUGCUCACCGGUAUCUCGAAAAUGGCAUUGCACCACAAGUUGCAAGACGAUACCUUGGCAAUUCUGAGUGGUCACAAAUUAUUGUAGGGGGCUCAAAUCUUGGCGAAUUACUCGGUGCUUUUUUCGUAUUUAUGUUUACCAAUACGAUUAAGACUCCAAUGCCUUGGUUACGAAUAGAUGCUUUGAUGUUGCUUAUUGUAUGGUAUAUUCCAUACUAUUACCCUCCUUCUGGUGAUGUUAAAUAUGCCUGGUUUAUCGCCGCAACGUUUAUUCCCAUUUCAUUUGGAUGGGCUGCUGGUGAUGUUUCGCUUGUUGCUUACAUUCAAUCAUCCCUGACUCGUAUAGAAACACAGACUAACGAUGUUUCCGCGCUGGGAGCCGUCAUGGCAUUUCUCUACUCGUCCUAUAUUACUAUCUAUGCAAUUGCGAAUCCACUUCUCGGAAAAUAUAUUGACAGCGUUUAUAAUUCUAGUGGCACUGUGCGACCGGCACUCGUUAAUACUGCUGCUAUACAGCUGACUAUUAUCUUGACAGUGGUCUUUGCGUCUACUUUCAUUCCAAAGGGUGCAAUUGCGUUCAAUCCAGUGUUGCUUGAUGAGGAGGAUUUGACUAAUCCAGCCGAUACUCAAAAUCCGGAUUUCAUGUUUGAUAAAAGUCUUGAUCCUGGUAAAGCUGAACAAGGCGUUCAAAAGGAGAAGAGCUUUCAACUGAUCACUUAUUUUUAA